AUGGGCAAGCGCGACAAGACGACAUCUCAGCCAGCCGUCUCACUCGUCCUUCCUCCGUCGAUAUACCUCGGCCCGUGUUCAGCAGCCUCAUCCAAAACAUUUCUAACAGCAAACUCGGUAUCGCAUGUCCUGAGUGUCGGGGCUAGUCCAUCGGCGAAGGUCGAUGGCGUGACCUACCACCGUAUCUCCCUCAGCGACUCUCCGUCGUCGUCCAUCACGAAAGUCUGCGAUUCAGCCUGCACGAUCAUUGACGCUGCCCUUAAAUCUAACAAUGGUGCAGGGAAGAUCCUCAUCCAUUGCUCGGCAGGGAUAUCACGCUCUCCGAUGGUCGUCGCGGCGUAUCUCAUGAAGCGGCGCGACAUGUCCCUUAAGGCCGCGCUGAAGCAGAUCUUGCAAGUCCGGCCGCAGGUCUCGCCCAAUCCGGGCUUUUUGCAGCAGCUUAAAGAGCUAGAGAUGGAGUUAUUCGGAGUCGUGUCACUGGAUGUGGACGAGCUUCCGAAGCGGGAAAAGGACCGCCUGGCGCUGUUUGAGGAUGCGAAGGACACCGCAGCUAUUGGCGGCUAA